AUGGUUAAUGAUAUUGGUACUAUUUAUGAGGAGAAGAGUUUGAUGACUAAGUUCGCAGAUGACUUGACUCUGAGUGUCCCGGUUAAAGCAAAUGGGUUUGAUCCUUCAUCUGAUGAGAUUGCUGAUAUUCAGAAAUGGUCGUUUGAAAACAGCAUGUCCUUAAACCUAGAAAAAACCUGGGAAAUGGUAGUACGAGGGGAAAACCAACAAAUCCCUUCCUUUACCGAUAUCAGGAAUUGA